AUGCCAUUUUCAAGUAUCAAAGCCUUCUUCCAGAGGUUCUGGUUGGACGAAAUGGAAAUGGGAAGCUAUACACAUAGCAGCUUUUUGUCUAGUGAUCUUCUACCGUCUCUUGGCGCUCAAAUAAACCAAGAAACUAAACUCCGAAAAUACAUAAUCUAUCCGUUCAAUCCUAAAUAUAGGGUUUGGGAGCUGUUGCUGGUUGUUCUAGUCAUAUACUCAGCUUGGAUAUGCCCUUUUGAGUUUGCCUUUCUGAGUUAUAAGGAAAAUGGAUUAUUCAUUAUAGACAACAUUGUCAAUGGCUUUUUUGCCAUUGACAUUGUGCUUACAUUCUUCGUUGCACACCACGAUAGCCAUUCGUAUCUUCUCAUUGAUGAUCCAAAGAAAAUCGCAAUCAGUUACAUAUCUACCUGGUUUGCUUUGGAUAUCUGCUCCACAGCACCACUUGAGACCAUUAGCCUCCUACUCACGAAUUAUAACAGUGAGCUUGGUUUCAAACUUCUUAACAUGUUGCGAUUAUGGCGCCUGAGACGAGUCAGUUCUCUGUUUGCAAGACUCGAAAAGGACAUUCGCUUCAACUACUUCUGGGUUAGGUGCACAAAGCUCACUGCUGUAACCUUGUUUGCAGUGCACUGUGCAGGAUGCGUUAACUAUCUCAUUGCAGAUAGGUACCCUGAUUCCAAGAGAACUUGGAUAGGUGCUAUGUUCCCGAAUUUUAAACAAGAGAGUCUUUGGGACAGAUAUGUAACUUCGAUAUACUGGUCCAUUGUUACGCUUACUACGACGGGAUACGGAGACUUACAUGCAGAGAAUACUGUAGAGAUGUUGUUUGAUAUUGCUUACAUGUUGUUCAACUUGGGUUUAACAUCAUACAUCAUUGGCAACAUGACUAACCUUGUAGUUCACUGGACCAGCCGCACCCAAAAUUUUAGGGAUACCGUCAAAGCAGCUUCGGAGUUUGCUUCAAGAAAUCAUCUGCCACAUCGCGUACACAAUCAAAUGCUGGCACACAUAUGUUUAAGGUUCAAAACAGAAGGACUGAAGCAGCAAGAAGCAUUAAAUGAUCUUCCAAAGGCAAUUCGUUCAAGCAUAGCACACCAUCUGUACUUUCCUGCCAUGCAAAAGGUUUACCUCUUCCAAGGAGUCUCUCAUGACUUCCUUUUCCAACUGGUUUCAGAAAUGGAAGCAGAAUAUUUUCCACCGACCGAAGAUGUGAUACUGCAAAAUGAGUCUCCAACCGACCUUUAUAUACUGGUUACAGGAGCAGUGAAUUUCGUUCACUACAACGAUGGGAAUGAUCAAGUGGUUCUUGGCAAGGCAACUGCAGUAGAUACUUUUGGCGAGUUCGGAGUUUUGUAUCAUGUACUGCAGCCUUUCACCGUUCGUACCACAGAACUUUCUCAGAUUUUAAGAGUCAACAAAACAUCCUUAAUGAAUGUUUUACAAGCAAAUCCAGGAGAUGCACAGAUUAUAAUGGAUAACCUUUUAACGAGAUUAAAGGGGCAUGAAGGAUUCGGCUUUGAAUAUCCACAUACAGAUCAUGGAUUAGUUCUACAUGAACUGCUUCAUGGAGUCGUUAAUAACACGAUACCUGAGGAUGGCAAAAGUGAUGUCCAUUCUGCUGUGCUGCCUCUGCAUAAGGGGAAACUUGAUAUUGUUGAAAUUCUGCUUGAAAGAGAUGCAAAAGCAAAGAACCCUGAUAACAUAGGGUGGACACAAAAAGCUCUAGUACAACAGUUAAAAAACAAGAGCAUUUCUGAUCAUACAUUGAAUUGUGAAAGCGUGAAGAAAUCAGAUGAACAUAGAAUAGAGAUUAUUGAGCCACGAAAUCUUAAACUUGGCAGGAAUGGCUCAACCAGAAAUAGUAAACAGGAUGGUAUUAGAACUAAUAACUUCCCAUUAGAGAAAGUACACACAAACUCCAAUUCAAGAAAUUCCAAUUGUCCGGGUGAAAUAGAAAUGGCAAGCUUCACCAAAAAGAGGGUAACAAUCCAUUCACCAAGUGGAUGGAAAAGUAGCUCGCAUGAACAACACGGAAAACUGAUAAUCCUACCUGAUUCAUUAGAAGAGUUGCUCAAAAUUGCUGGUGAAAAAUUCGGUGGCUUCAAAGCCACAAAAGUAACUAAUGAAGAGAAUGCAGAGAUAGACGACAUUGAUGUCAUUCGAGAUGGUGACCAUCUCUUUCUUCUAGGCAGCGAUAGUGACAAUUUGAGUACAUGA